UAAGACACUCUUUUCUGCUCACUCAUAUAUGCAUAUUUUGCUGGCCACCCUGACUAACCGUCAGCCAGCAUCUGUGUGCUAGCGUCUGUAUAUGCUAGCAUCCGUGGGCCAGCACUGAUAUGUGCCAGCAUCUAUGUGCCAGCUACUGUGUAUGCUAGCAUCCGUGGGCCAGCACUGAUAUGUGCCAGCAUCUGUGUGCCAGCAUUUGUAUAUGCUAGCAUCUGUGUGCCAGCUCGUGAUGGUCUUAUUGAUUUGUUUUGCCUACACUAAUAGCGUUUCAGGACAACGUUGCUAUGGGCAUUCGAAUGGAUGCAACUCAGAAAGAUGUUGGGCUUGCGGCGUUCAGCGAGGACAUCCUCAAGAUCGAGAUCAGCGGACCUGACGUCAUUGAUGUCCCGAGAGUUUUCCGUGUACCCACGCCAGGACUCACCACAGAGAGCGAUAUCGUCCUUGUCGAGAAUAUGGUGAAGUCGUACAUGGCUACCCGCCGAACUAUCAUACUCGCAGUCAUAUCAUGUAGCGUCGACAUUGCCACUCAUGAGAUUCUUAAACCUGCCGAGAUCGCUGAUCCUGAGGGUGUGCGAACGAUGGGUGUACUCACGAAGCCGGAUUUCGUUACAGGAAUGGCCACCCAAGGUAUGAUCAUUGAUCUUGUUCUUGUAAAGCGCAGUACCCUCAGACUUGGAUAACGUCAGUCACCCACUUUUCGGUCACCCCCUC